CCGACUGCGCGGGCGACUAAUACCUCCUCCGCUCGCCUCAUCUACUCCAACUCGGGCCACAUCUUCCUCGGUUCCUUCGACGGCACCUCCGUCUCAACCACCCUCGACGCCCCCGUCCCCGGCACCAUCCCCUCCUGGCUCAACUUCGUCGCCCCCAACACCCUCUACGCCGUCGACGAAGGCUCCAGCAGCACCUUUCUCUACAACGUCGACGCCGACGCCAACGCCGUCAAGGAAGUCACCCGCGUCCAGGGCUCCGCCGGCGUCGUCCACCUCGAGGUCAACAAGGCCGGCACCCGCAUGCUCGGCGCCGGCUUCGGCUCCGGCAACAUCGACGUCUGGGACAUUGAGGGCGGCGGCCUGACGCUCCUCAAGACCAUCCAGUCCCCCGGCCCCGUCGGCCCCGACACCACGCGCCAGGCCAGCCCCCACCCGCACAUGGCCGUCAACGAUCCCACCGGCCGCUUCUUCGUCGUCAACGACCUCGGCACCGACUCCAUCCUCGUCAUCGACUCCCAGGACGACGCCUUUGAGAUUGUCAACCGCGUCGCCGUCGUGCCGGGCUCCGGCCCUCGCCACGGCGUCUUCUACCCCGCCGGUGCCGCCCAGGCCACCCACUACUUUGUGCUCUGCGAGAUGGGCAACAUCGUCGUCGCCUACUCCCUUCAGUACACCGACAACGGCAAGGGCAUUGAGUUCGAGACCACCCAGGUUCUCAACAGCUUUGGCCCCAACAGCCAGACGCCCGCGGGUGCCGCUGCCGGCGAGCUUGUGCUCUCUCCGGACAGCAAGGACCUGUACCUGUCGAACCGCCUCUCCGGUCAGGCGACGGACAACAUUGCCCAUAUCAAGAUCAUUGACCAGGGCGCCGACGUCCUAAAGCUCCUUUUCAUCGACACCGUCUCCUCGGGCGGCGGCCGGCCAAGAAUGUUCAGCAUCAGCAAUGACGGCAACUCACUGUUUGUCACGAACCAGGACGGUCCUCUCGGUGUGGCGGUCAUCUCUCGGAACCCCCAAGACGGUUCCCUGAACGCCGACUUCACUGGGUCCAUCGACGCGAGCGCUUUUGGCGAGGCCGGAAAUGGUCCCCAAUUUAUUCAGCAAAUC